AUGAAUUCAAAACAGCAUGCUUUAAGUCACGAGCAAGAAAUUAUAUUGAAAUUAGUUGAGUCAAAAUACAGUUUGUUCCUUACUGGACAAGGUGGCUGUGGAAAGUCGUAUUUGAUAAAAAAAAUUGUGGAAAAAGAAUCCGCUCGCGGAUGUUGUUUUGUGACUGCUUCGACUGGCAUUGCUGCAGUCAAUAUAUCAGGAACAACUAUACAUGCAUUUGCUGGAAUAAACACUGGAACAAAAUCUUCACACGAGCUCUUAGGCACUGUUAUAUCGAAUGAAGAAGCUGUUAAACGUUGGAAUGAUUGCAGAAUUUUAGUUAUAGACGAGAUAUCUAUGAUUGGAGCUGCCCUGUUCGAAAAGCUCGAUUAUGUUGCUCGUGGAAUUCGAGGUAAUUCUCAACCAUUCGGUGGUAUUCAGUUGUUGCUGAGUGGAGACUUCGUUCAGCUCAAACCUGUCAGCACUGAAGGCUGUGAAAAACAGGAUUACUGCUUUAAGUCUACUUUAUGGAAUAAAUGUGUAGAUUUUAGUUUGGAGUUGACAAAAAUAUUUAGACAGAACGAGCAAGAACUUCGCCAUCUCCUUCAAGAUGUCAGAAAUGGCUGUAUUUCUGUUAUGUCCCGAAAUUUAAUUCAUUAUUUAAGUCGUGAUUUGAAAUGCGAUCCUUUGGAUAAAGUUCGAUUAUUUCCUCUUAGAGAAGAUGCCAAAUUAGCCAAUGACGAGUGUAUUGAACUUAUUCCUGGAGAAAAAUUUGUCUAUAGAUCACAGGACGACGGUAAGGUGUCUGUAUUUGAACGAAGAUGCUCUGCCGUUUCAGUUUUAGUUCUAAAAGUUGGAGCAAGAGUAGUUUUGUUAAAGAAUCUAGACAAAUCAUUAGUAAACGGUUUGAGAGGAACUGUAAUCGGAAUAAGUGAUGGAUAUCCUCGUGUACGUUUCGACAACAACCGUGUGCAUGUCGUUCAGAUGACACAAUUUCUCGUUCAAGAAGGAAAUAUUGUUGUUGGAACCCGUAAACAAUUGCCACUUGAUUUGUGUUACGGAAUGACAAUUCACAAGAGCCAAUCUAUGAGCUUUCCUUAUGUUGAAGUUGAUCUUGGGAAGGUGUUUGAACAUGGCCAGGCAUAUGUAGCCUUAUCAAGGUCGGAGACACUUUCUGGUUUAAGGAUACUGAAUUUCAGGGAGAGAGCAGUUAUUCCCAACGAACAUGUUCAGAUGUUUUAUAAGACUCUGAACUCGUUUGAAGACGUUGAGAGCUGUAUGUUUGAUGUUAAUGCAUUACCCCCAAAAUGCAGAGAAAUUACUGAUAUGGGUAAGGUAUGCCUGGCUACAAAGAUAACAAUUGAAAGUCCAGCUAGUAAACCAAAUAUACCAACUCUUCAGGAAGAAUUUUCCAAUCUACAACCGCUUAACGUUGGAUAUCUACUCCCAGCAAUCAAAUGGAUAAAACUACAUGUCGUCAGUGAAGAAAUGAAUUUGUUUUUCAAUUCUUUGGGCCUUCAAACUGCAAAGAAUAUGGAGCAACUGAACAAGCACCUCGUCAGCUUCAUGUUGUGGAUUAUAGGAUAUUUUACCCAGCAAGCAGCCUCUAAGCAAAAAACCAAUACAUCAGGUACUGUAAUAAUAGACAGAAAGAAUUGGGCUGGGAUAAUCUCUCAGUUACAUUCUUUCCUCCGCUCUACUGAACUAUUGAGAAAGUGGGAAAAGUGCUUAGAAGAUAUGGGGAUGGUUGACAUUGACAUGGGUGUUUGUGGUUUACAUCGUAAAGCAUGCCUAGCCUUCACAAGGGCUAUGUAUGAAGCCUACUUAGAAAUGUCUGCCAAACAGACAAAAGAGAAGUAUAUGGAAAAUAAAUCCAACUUCAAGCAAGGCCCUGUUCAAUUUUCAUCACCAGAAUCAAUGGGUAAAAUAAGAGACCUAAGUGGAUGGGUUAUAGUGAAGGAGAGUCAGGCAAGUUUGUUUUACAUCCGAAGACACAAAGGGUCGAAAUGUGAAAAGGUACAGCAAAGAGUAAAACGGGAGAGAGAAAUCAAGGCUAUUUUCGAUAACAUGAAAGAGAACAAAGAGGUUUUACUGGAAACAACCAAAUAUCCACAGUCAAUGGAGCACAUAGAAAGGUAUGACAAAGGUAGCAAGUCCUAUGUCAAAGAUAGAUUCUUUGAAUUUAUGUUAGUUGCUGGAUCAUUGGCUUCAAGCUUGUUUUCUGAUGAAACAUUCCACAAGUUCAAACACAAUUCUAUAAAGGAAGCAUGGAACUUAUUAAUAUCUGAUGAGGAAUUAAAGAAGAAAUUUGAGAUUAUGUUUAAUGACUGUAACCUCAAUGACUCUACCACAUGUACACCUCAUACACCAAUUAGUAAUUGUACUAUUGAUGAAACUGACAAGACAAAUAUUAUGGAUAACAUUGGUAAGGAAUUGUUUUAUAUUUAUUAAAUGACAAAGAUGGUAAUUACUAGUUUAAAAAUGUUGUAUGUAUUUAAUUUUCUUUUACAUGUUUAGGUUGUGAAUAUACUGAAGAAAAAUGUACUCAUUCUACAGAUGCUGUAAUAGAUGUGCCAUGUUUUGAAUCAUGUGACAGUGAUGUAGCCUUGGCAGAAACAGAGUUCAUUGAAGAUAUGGAUAACCUUAUCGAUGACAAUAUUAUGGGUAAGUCGGCUUAUUGGUAAGGAAUUGUUUUAUACUUAUUAAAUGACAAAGAUGGUAAUUACUAGUUUAAAAAUGUUGUAUGCAUUUAAUUUUCUUUUACAUGUCUAGGUUGUGAAUAUACUGAAGAAAAAUGUACUCAUUCUACAGAUGCUGUAAUAGAUGUGCCAUGUUUUGAAUCAUGUGACAGUGAUGUAGCCUUGGCAGAAACAGAGUUCAUUGAAGAUAUGGAUAACCUUACCGAUGACAAUAUUAUGGGUAAGUCGGUUUAGUUGUUUGUUUAAAGCCACUUGGGCUAAUAAGUCACUUGCGUGGCUUAUUCUUUUAGACACCUUGGGGGGAGGGGUUUGUUUUAUUUGAUAGGGGCUUAUUAAAUGGAUUAUGGUAUUACAUUAGUGGAUAAUACCAUUGUCUUGAGUGCAAUUUGUAAAAAAAAUAUGUUCCAGGGUUUUUUUUCAAUGAAUAUCAAAUUGCAUCAGUCUGAAAUAAGGUUUUUUCUUUUGUACAUCAAACAUUUUAAUAAUAGGGUUGAAUGGAGAUACAGAAUGGAAUGAAGCCUUGGAAGACAGCAGUCCAGACUUACAGUUUUGGGAUGGAAUUGGCAAAACUAUCCAUUACCGAAUUCUGCACCGAUUUACCAACAUGUACAGUGCUGAAUUUAUUCGAAAAGUCAAACGAGAAGAGAAGCUUAAAAAGUCUGUUGCAUUGCGUCCUAGUGUUGCUGGUACAUGUUCCGGCAAGGUGAAAUCAAAACCUCCAAUACCCAAAGGCAUGCCAACUGUGAGUGAAAUCAUCAGUGAUCCACUUCCGAAAGAUUUCACUCACUUUUGUUUGAAGGCACAAGCACAAAAGGGUCCAGAUGUGUUUUAUCACUUUUCUCAUGCACAGUUGAGAUUCAUCUUUCAAGGUUAUGCACUACCGUACUCAAAAGACAGAAAAGAACACCAUUGUGCUGGUUUCAUUCAAGUGUUGAAAACCAGUGGAAAUGCAAUGCCUUGUCCAGAAAAGCUCACACAGGAGUCAUUUGACAGCCUAAAAAGGAAACGACCUCGACAACAAAUUCCUGCAGAUGAAUCCCAAACCGCAUCUAUAAAUAAUACAGAACAUCAAGAACUUACUCCUGAUAUGGAACUUAAUGGACAACCACGCCCACUUCAAGAAGUUACAAAUGGUUAG